CCCAUCCCCAGUCAACAUCUUUCCACCCUCAACAAUGUAUAUUUAAAUGUGUGCAUUGUAGGAUCCUUUCCAAGCACAUUUGAUGCAUGAUGGAAUCCAGUUCCAUACCCGACCCUGACGUGCACGCCCACGUCCACCCUGUUCUUCGCGAAGCUCUCCGCAUUUCGCUCAGCGCCAAGGAAUACAAGAUCCUCCACGAGCAUGCUGUUCGGCGCGCUCCUGUGAGGGUCCAGUCCAAGCUCCCCUCCCCAUCGAGAUAUGAAGCGAUCAUUCGCUCCAAGAACAAGCCCAAUGAGGCGGCCCUUCGCGCCUCUAUUCGAGUUUUCCUCGUCUCCGGCGCCUUACUGAAAUUAGUUGAGUGGAUACUUGCAAGGAUUCGAGGUGACUUGUCCAAGAAGAAACCACACACCUCUUUCCUCCGCUCCCCCAACUUGCGCCUGUCGGCGUCACUCUCUCUCGUCCUCCUCCUCCACAGAUUUCUACAUCGUUUCUUCGUCCGACUACGCGCAAACCUUCGCACAGAUGACGCCCAACCCUUCCGUAAUCGGAACCCCCGAGUGUCUAAAGCGUUAACAUCACGCUAUGCGCCCGCUGUUGGGGCUAGUUUGGCUGGUUUUGCGCUGGGGAUAUGCCCUCAGAAUCAGCUGCGGCUGACAGCCGCAAUCUGGACAUCUACUCGGAGCUUGGAGUUCCUUUUCAAUGUUAUCGACGGGAAAGGAUGGCUCGAGAAUCGGCCUCUGUGGUUUGGAAGUUGGUUGCUGAUGCCUUUGUCAUGUGCACAGCUAUUCCAUGCGUUUGUCUUUGAUCGGGAGGCUACACCUAAGUGGCUAGGAAAUAUCAUCUUUAGACUCUCCCGGGGCUACAUCCACGACCGCCCUGAGGGUUUGCCCGCGGAGUUUUCUUGGCCGGGAAAGGAGGACGUAGUUGACUCGCUUGCAACUGUCGCUGAUCUGCGCUGGCCUGCAUUUGUCUCGCCUAUCUUACAUCCCGGUGACCUCAACACCCUCCCGUCAGCUGUCAAAUCUAUCUCACCAAUCACUGGCCCUGCCCACCCAUCUAUCUCAACCCUGUCUUGCGCACUGCUUCAUCCAAGCAGUCCCAGCUGUGGCACAGCCUUCCUGCAGAAUAUUCUCCUCUCAGUCCCUCGCCUAGCCCGUUUCCUAACGACCGUCACCUUGGCCUUAUCUGUACUGAAGUUCAAGAAGCUGAUGGCCAAUCCCAUCACGUCGGCUAAUGCCCUCUCGAAGAAAAUCAUCACACUUACAGCUGUCCUUUCUGCGUCUGUCGGUUCCGCGUGGGGUAGCAUCUGCCUCUGGAACUCUCUGCUCCCCCGCUCAGUCUUGCCCACGAAACGCUUCUUCCUGAGCGGUGCGCUUGCAGGUAUGCCCUUUGCUUUCCUGGCGAAUAGCCGGAGUAUUUUCCUGUACUUUUUCCGAGCCGCCGUGGAUUCGGCUUGGAAGACGGGUGUCAAGCGCGGGCUAUGGAAAGGAUGGAAAGGCGGCGACCUAUUCCUUGUCGUGCUUUCCUGGGCACUAUUGGGCUCCAUCUUAGAGAGCAGACCGAAUGCGGUUCAAGGUCCAAGGAUACGGAAGGCGUUAGCAUGGAUGAAGGGGGAUGGAUAUGUGGACCCGGUUGACGUUGCAGCGAAGAGAAAGCUGAAGAAAGCGAAAAAGGCUGAGGCCGAGGCUGAGCAUUGAGAGGGGAUUUCCAUUCUGCGCUAUGGCUUUACUAUAGUACCACUUUAUCCCGUUACGCGCGAUGUUUUAGGUCUGUUUUCUCUACUCCGCAGGCGAAGUACACAGCGAUGCACUCUUUUUGUUGAUACCACAGCAUAUCAAGUACAUAUUUCAAGUCCGAAAUGUCUAGCUGCAGAGUAUAAGCCAGUAGAGAUAGU